AAACUAGUUUUGGCGUUGUCCAAAAGUGCUAAACGCUUAGUAUAAAAAGUGCUCAGAGACGCAGCCAUGUGUUACUAAGGUGGUGAUUGAGCUAUCGUACACUACUACUCUUGUGAUACAAAAACAAUAAAGUUUCUCAGAAUGAAGACCGUUAUUGUUUGCCUGCUUGCCUUGACGGCUGUGGCCCUCGCUCGCCCUGAACAGUACACAGACAAAUACGACACUGUCGAUCUGGACCAGCUCAUAUCUAACCGUCGGCUCCUCAUUCCCUACGUACAUUGCAUCCUCGAAAAGGGCCAAUGUACCGCAGAAGGCAAGGAACUUAAAUCUCACAUCAAGGAAGCCCUCGAGACCAACUGCGCUAAAUGCACCAAAGCGCAAAAGGGUGGAACCGAAAAGAUGAUUGGUCACCUCAUCAACCACGAAGCCGAAUUCUGGGAGGAGCUGAAGGCCAAAUACGAUCCCACCAACGAGUUCACAAAGAAAUAUGAAACUGAACUCAAACGCGUUACAGUUUGCACAUCAUGGUUCAACUUCAACGCAGUUACGCUGUGCGCGUGCGAGGGACAUGGCUAUGAGUCCAUCAAUAUGAAUUCCCUCAUCGCAUUCUGCCUGUUUGCCGUUUUGGCCGUGGCUCUCGCCAGACCUGACGACAAGUACACCGAUCGCUACGACAACGUUGAUUUAGAUGAGGUCCUCAGCAAUUCUCGACUUCUUCAGCCUUACAUUAAAUGUAUCCUCGACACGGACAGGUGUGCCCCUGACGCUAAGGAGUUGAAGGAACACAUCAGGGAGGCACUCGAGACCGAAUGCGCGAAAUGUACCGAAGCCCAGAAGAAGGGUACUCGACGUGUUAUCGGCCAUCUAAUUAAUAACGAAAGCGAAUCCUGGAAUGAGCUGACCGCUAAAUACGACCCCGAAAAUAAAUUUACAGCCAAAUACGAAAAGGAGCUUCGUGAAAUCAAAGCUUAA